AUGAAGUCUUUUGAACGGUACGGCUUGCCACGUCGGGUGAUAUCGGAUAACGGGUCCCAAUUUGUCUCAGCUGUAAUGCAGAAAGUAAUGCUCGCUUUAGGGAUUACUCAAAAUUUGACACCAGUAUAUCAUCCCCAAGCAAACCCUGCUGAACGUAAGAACCGGGAUAUGAAAUCUAUGCUGGCAAUUUUAGUUAAUACUGAUCAUCAGGAUUGGCCCAAGCACAUCCCAGCGGUGCGAUUUGCCCUUAAUACCGCAACUAAUCAGACCACAGGCCAUACUGCUGCCUAUUUAGCUUUUGCCCUGAUUAAGAAAAAUAGCGUGUUUUUUGUGUCAUCAACGACUUUACGACAUUCACGUUAUAAUGUGAAUACAGGAACAUGGCUUUGCGAUCAAAGAAAAUCUUAUCGCUUAUACUUCCCGCGGAUUCGGAAGAUUCAAACGUUGAGUCUGAUGAUGAUUUGGAAGACAACCUUCAACGAGUUGAAUAUUAUCAUACUAAUAACAGUGAUUCAUCUUCGCCACAUACCAAAUCUCCGGCAUUAUAUGACAUAUUGGCUGAUAUCAGUGACAGUGAAGACAUAAAUAAUAAGGAUUAUAACAACACCCACGAAAAAUAUAUUGCUGUAGAACAGCUACCAGAGACACUGCAAGAUGAAUCAUCUCCACCGCAUGUAACUGCUUCUUUAGAUAUAAAUCACACUCCCAAGCUAGCUGGAAAUCUGGAGCCUUUGGAACUGCGCAGGGAUUUUGGUUGCCCGUAUGUAUUUUUCAGGCUCUUUCAUGGUGAGUAA